ACCUGCCGGUUCUAAGCUCGAGUGGAUCGGAUCGUCUUCUAUUUCAUCGGCGAGACAAAACCAGGAUCGGGAUUCAUCUCUUAUACCCAACGCAAGACAUGAAUCUAGGAUUCGUAAUUGGAGUUAUCGGUGUCCUUAUUCUCUCCCACGCCGCUUAUUCAACAAUCCAAUAUAGAGGAUUGUUGAAGAUCACGGAGGAAGAGUUCACCGGACCUCCCUUGAAUGUCGUUCUGGAGUUGAUCGUGGGACUAGCUCUCUCUAUGUGGGCUGCUUUGACUUUCCCUGGGAAGUUCCUCUCCAUUCACCCUGACUCUGAUGAAAACAGGGCGGUGUCUUUACCAGAUAACUCUGAUUUCAUGAUAUUCAAUCACCGUGGCCGCCUCUUCCCACCAGAGAUCACCAUGAAGUUUUGAUUUUUCCUUCUUUUUUUUUUUUUUUUUUUUAUAUUGGACUUCUUAGUCAAACACUCUCAUCUGUCCACUGUAAUGAGAUGUUGUUUCCAUUUGAUAUUCUUCUACUCAAACGUAACUUCUCUGCUUUCCAUCAGUUUGUGAUUUUUGAAAGUGACAAUAUUGUUUUAGAAA